AUGGCUUCCCAAAACACCGAUGCGCCAGUAUAUACUCUGGCUGAAGGACGUCCUGUUCAAGAUCCAACAGCCCAGACGGUACUUCGAGGCUCGCCGCUCAGAGGUGGUGGUCUCGCUCUACUCUCAGACACUCAGCUCAUUGAGACGCUUGCGCACUUUCCCCGCGAAAGGAUACCAGAGAGAGUUGUACAUGCAAAGGCUGCAGGAGCAUGGGGAGAGUUUGAAGUCACUCACGACAUUUCGCACAUCACAUCCGCCAACUUCCUGAACAAGAUCGGAAAGAAGACUAAAGUCCUAGCUCGUAUCUCUACCGUCGCUGGAUCGAAGGGAUCUUCAGACACCGUCCGCGACAUCCGAGGAUGGGCACUGAAGUUCUUCACCGACGAGGGAAACUGGGAUAUGGUUGGAAAUGACCUACCCGUCUUCUUCAUUCGCGAUCCCGUGAAAUUCCCAUCUCUAAAUCGCUCCCAUCAAGCACACCCGCAGACACAUGUCCCGGACUCUACUAUGUUUUGGGACUUCCACAACAAUAACCAGGAAGGAAUGCAUGCGCUCAUGCAAUUAUUUGGCAACCGAGGCGUGCCGGAAUCUCUGCGAAACAUCACCGGCUACGGUGUUCAUACUUUCAAAUUCGGCAAACCUGAAGACGGAUCUUUCAAAUACGUAAAGAUCCACUUCAAGCCUGAUGCUGGCAACGUUACUAUGAAGUCUGCAGAUGCAGCGCGACUUGCAGGCGAAGAGCCAGAUUACCAUGUUAAGGACAUGUUCAACGCGAUCGAGAAUGGUGACUUUCCCACUUGGACCAUGAUGCUCCAGGUUAUGGAUCCCAAAGAGGCGGAAAACUACCGCUGGAAUAUUUUCGAUGCUACUAGGAUCUGGCCGCACGCGGACUACCCGCCCAUUCCAGUCGGCAAACUCACGCUAAACAAGAAUCCCGCGAACUACCACCAAGAUGUUGAGCAAGCGGCCUUUUCGCCAAGCACAUUAGUACCUGGCAUUGGUCCAUCAGCAGACAUCAUGCUUCAAGCAAGAAUGUUCAGCUACCCAGACGCGGCCCGUUACCGUGUUGGUCCAAAUUACCAACAACUGCCAUGCAACAGGGCCAAAAACGUUUACAGCCCCUACCAACGUGACGGUCCUAUGAGGAUGGAUGGAAACUAUGGUGCCGACCCCGACUACGUCCGCUCCUCGUUCCGUAAGAUUCAGUCCGGCCCACCAGAUAUUGCGCACGACAAGUGGGUUGGUGAAGUGAGCUCAUACACAUCCGAGGUCACAGAUGAGGAUUUCGAGCAGCCGCGUAAUCUGUGGGCGUUGUACAAGAAGUGGGGCGAUGACCAGAUCUUCAUCGACAACUUGAGCGGACACAUGAAGAAGGCGUUGCCGCAGGUGCAGAAGGAAUCGAUCAAAAUGUUUGCCAAGGUCGACAAAGAGAUUGGUGAGAGGCUCGAGAAGGCACUAGGCGAUUCGCUGUCCAUGAAGAAUGUGGACCAUGUGAGCGGGCCGUAUGGCCUGCAACCAACACUCGGCGGUGGAUACUAG